AAUAAUUCCUUCUUCCACGUUCCAAUUUUUUUUGAUCUGUUUUGCAUCUGUAUUGAUGGACGCGAUGAACGAGAUAGAACUGUACAGUCUUUAGCGAUUUUGUUGCUCUGGGGUGAUUUUUCUUUAGCUGAUUUGAGAUCCCAAAAGCAAAAAGAAGAAGAAGAAGAAAAAUGUCGGAUGUGAGAAUGGCUGAUCCGAGCAGGCUGCACUUGAAGAAGGAGCUGACUCAAAUCCGGAAAGCUGCCCGAGUUUUACGAGAUCCCGGGACCACUUCUUCGUGGAAAUCGCGGAUCAACUCCUCUAGAUCUGUAGCGGCAGUGGUGGAAGCAACAGAUGCAGGCUCGACUUCUGCUUGUACUGUCUCGAGAAAUCAUUUAGGUAGUGAAAGUUUAAAUAGGUCGAAUGUGAAUGCUCAUUUGGAUUUAUCUUUGUUACCCUUUAGAGUCGAAAGCAAUAGUCAUCGUGGUCGUAGUGUUGCUAAUGGGAAUGAGAAAGAUAAGAGGGUUUUCCUUUAUAAUUGGAGGAGUCAGAAUUCUUCAUCUUUAAACGUGGAUGAUGAAGGGGAUGACGACGGUGAUGAUUUUGAUGAUGGCGAUGAUGGGGAUCAGUCGUCGUCUUGGAUUCAAGGUAGUGUGGAUGAAAAUACCUUGAGUGAUGCAAGGAAGUGUGGGGAUUCAAAAAGUGAUACCUGUUUAGGUGAGAGUCGAUCUGCUUCGUUGAUGUUCAGGUGUAGAGAUGCGAAUCCCAUCUUAUCGGUCACACCUUCCGGCAAAAGAAUGUUGGGGGUCAACAAGAAUAUUAAGAAGAAUAGUUCGAGUUUUGAUGUUUUUCCUAGAUGUGAACAGAAAAAGAAUGGUGUUAAUAGGAAUUCGGUUCACUCGAGGAAAUUGCUCAAGGCUCAUCCUGCAUUGGCUUUAGGUUUAGGAAGGGGUAAUUCUGUUGAUCAAUCUGAUGACACUGAAGAUUAUAGUAAUUCCCAGGAUUUUCGCAAGAUUUUAGGGGCAUCCCCACUGCUUCUCAAGCUCAAGCAUAAGAACUGGUCACAUUCAUCCUCUAGACUGUUGAGAACUGACAGAAGGGAAGAUUCUUCUUAUACGUAUAGCACUCCUGCAUUGUCAACUAGUUCUUUUAAGAAGUAUUUCAAUCGGAAUCCAAGCGUUGUUGGCUCAUGGGAUGCGACCACGACUUCAUUGAAUGACAGGGAUGACGAGGUCGAAGACCCUUUGGAUUUGCCUGGUGAGCAAGGAUGUGGUAUUCCUUGCUAUUGGACAAAGAGGACCCCCAAACAUAGAGUAGUUUGUGGGAGUUGUUAUUCUCCUUCUCUCUCUGAUACUUUAAGAAGAAAAGGAAGUAGCAUUCUCUGCGGAAGUCAAUCCAUGUACCAUAGACAUAGACGAUCAGUGUCUCUUUCCAAUAAGCGGAAAAUUGCUUUGAGAAGUGCUCAAGGUGUUCUCCCGUUGCUUAGCAAUAGUGCUGAUGGAAGAGGUGGGUCAUCCAUCGGAACCAGAUGUACUGAUGAUGAACUCUCUACUAACUUUGGAGAGCAAGAUUUAGAGGCCCUAAGUAGAUUGGAUGGAAAGAGAUGGUCAUCGAGCUGCAGGAGUCAAGAUGGGUUAGAGAUUGUAGCCCUUACAGGAGAAACAGAGGAGGGUACGCCAGAAAAUAUUAAGAGCUUAAGUCAGAAAUACAAACCGAUGUUCUUUGAUGAACUGAUUGGGCAGAAUAUUGUGGUACAAUCACUUGUAAAUGCUGUUUCAAAGGGAAGAAUUGCCCCCUUUUAUCUUUUCCAAGGUCCCCGUGGAACUGGAAAAUCAUCAGCUGCGAGAAUUUUAUCUGCUGCUUUGAAUUGUCAGACUACCAAAGAUGUUAAGCCUUGUGGCUAUUGUACAGAAUGCACUGAGUUUAUUUCCGGGAAACAGAGGGAGUUUUGGGAAUUUGACAGCACCAAUAGAAGAGGGAUUGAUAGACUUAGGUACCUUUUGAAAAGCCUAUUAACAGGUCUCCCAUCAAGCUCUUCACGAUACAAGGUUUUUGUUAUUGACGAGUGUCAUUUGUUGCCCUCUAAGAUAUGGCUGGCAUUUCUGAAAUUCCUUGAAGAUCCUCCACCAUGCCUUGUGUUCAUAUUCAUAACAACUGAUAUUGAGAAUGUUCCACGGACUGUGCAAUCACGAUGUCAGAAGUAUCUCUUCAACAAAAUAAAAGAUGAUGAUAUCGUGGCCAGGUUGAGGAAGAUGUCUACUGAUGAGAAUCUUGAUGUUGAAUCAGAUGCAUUAGAUUUAAUUGCAUUGAAUGCAUAUGGUUCACUUCGAGAUGCAGAAACAAUGCUAGACCAGCUAAGUUUGUUGGGUAAAAGAAUCACUGCAUCCCUUGUAAAUGAACUUGUUGGGGUUGUUUCAGAUGAGAAGUUAUUGGAACUUUUGGAAUUAGCUAUGUCAUCCGACACAGCAGAAACAGUAAAAAGAGCUAGAGAGUUGAUGGACUCGGGGGUUGAUCCAAUGUUUUUGAUGUCUCAACUGGCCAGCCUUAUUAUGGAUAUCAUUGCUGGAACAUACAAUAUUGCUGAUUCUAAGUACAGCAACUCAUUCUUUGGUGGACGAGCUUUGACUGAAGCAGAAAUGGAGAGAUUAAAAGAUGCUUUAAAGCUUCUUUCAGAAGCAGAGAAACAACUAAGGUUUUCAAGUGAACGCUCAACAUGGUUUACAGCUACUUUGCUACAACUUGGUUCAUUGCCUUCACCGGAUCUUACUCAGUCAGGCAGCAGCCAGAGGCAGAGCUCAAAGACAACUGUGGACGACCUGCAAAGCAUUUCAAGGGAAGCUAUAGCUUACAAGCUGAAGUCUGGAACUCAGUGUGUGCCUUGGAAAUCAACUUCUGCAUCAUUACACAAAUCUGUGAAUGGAAAUUCCAAUCGUCAGGGAGAAUUAGUGUCAAGGAUUGAUGGUUAUGGUUCCAAUUCCAAAAAUUAUCACGGUCUAUAUAUGGAUGGUGGUGCUGUUCCUUCUGCACAUGACAAUAGUUUGAAUGGAAAUAUGAUACUUGUCUGCAGAAAUUCUGAAAAAUUAGAUGACAUCUGGGCAAAAUGUAUUAACAAGUGUCACUCAAAGACAUUGAGACAGCUGCUACAUGCUCAUGGGAGGCUUUUGUCUCUUACCGAAAACGAAGCAGGUGUUCUAAUUGCUUAUCUUGCAUUUGCGGAUGGAGAUAUCAAGUCGAGAGCUGAGAGGUUUUUAAGCAGUAUUACAAACUCUAUUGAAAUCGUGAUGAGACGUAAUGUAGAAGUUCGAAUAAUUCUCUUGGCUGAUGUUGGGGUUUCUUUAAACAACCAUGCUAAUCCAGUUGAGAUGCCGGAUAGUCUGCAGCAGGUUGAAACUGCAACCGGAAUUGGAAGUGAAAGGAAGGCCAUUCCUAAGAAUGUGCUAGAUGGUUUAUCUAGUUUAGACUUGCAUUCCAAGGGAAGUUUUGGAGAUUUGGAAGGUAAACUGAGAGGACUACAAGAUUAUUCUAAUUAUUCUUCACAAUCUAUUGUGAGAACACCUGAGUUACUAGCUGAAGGCAAAGAUGACCUUGACAGCUCAAAGGAAAGUAGGCAAGAUAUUCCAAUGCAAAGAAUUGAAUCCAUUAUUCGUGAGCAAAGGUUAGAAACUGCCUGGUUACAAGCUGCUGAGAAAGGCACUGCUGGAUCAUUGAGUCGGUUGAAGCCUGAAAAGAAUCAGGUUCUACCUCAAGAGGUCUAUCGUCAAAGUAAUUUGGGAUCAAUAAAUUCAUCGGCAUUCUCCUCUCAACAAUGGGAUGAGGAACUGAACCAGGAGCUUAAAAUUUUGAAAACGAAUGAUGUACAAGAGGUUCAGAAGGACCAGAUAGGUAGAAGGGCUGAUCAUUAUCCCAUGUCUCCCAGCUUGCUGCAUAAUAGCAAUUUAAGCAAAGAAAACAUUGGAUAUGAAUCAGGGUCAGGAACCAGAGGAUGCAGUGGGCUUUUCUGUUGGAAUAACUCGAAGCCGCCUAGGAGGGGAAAGGUCAAGGGAACACCUGUUCGAUCAUGCAAAACUAGACAAUUUUCAUUGUUUGGCGAGUGUGGGAAAUCAAAGAAAAUACAAAACAAAAGUAGAAGGUAAUCUAGAAUGCUCAAAAUCCAUUGUCUUUCCUGAUGUCAUUUGUUUCUUUAGAUAUAGAUAUAUGUAAUUUAUAAGUAUUUAGGUUUCCUGUCGAGCCAUGUGAGCUCCACGAUAGAAGUUAAUGUAAAGUUUCUGCUAGAAUUUGGCAAUUGUAUUUUUAGGUUUGAUCAUAUUUUUUUAGGGGUGAAUAAGAGAUUAGAAGGGAACUGUAUAAGCUUCAGAAAAUGCAUAGCACGAUGACUGCCCCAAGACCUGAAAUGGUCUUAUCUGUUGAACAACAUUGAAACAUGCUGUAAAAUGACCUUUUAAAUUAUUCCAACAGGUUUUAUUUUGUUA